AUGAAAAUUAAGGUAUAUUCUUGGCUUCCUAAUCAACCAUGUUUUUAUAUUCAAUUUGAUGAUUGCAAUAUUCUUCUGGACACAGGACUUUCUAUGUCUUCAAUGGAUGUAUUUAUGCCUUUGCAAGAAUUUACAAAUUAUUCUUCAGAUUUAUUUCCAAUUCCUCAUCAGGAUCAUAAGGAACAUGAUUUUUUUAAAGUACUUGAAAAACAAGCAUUUAUUACAAAAAAACCUCUCCUCCAUCCAAUAAUUCCUCCUGAAUAUGUUAUAAGAAGUUUAGAUGCUAUUCUUAUUUCAAAUGUUGAAUCAUUUUUAGCAUUACCAUAUUUAGUUCCUGUAGAUUCUUUUCGUGGUGUUAUUUAUGCAACAGAUGCUGUCAUUGAAUUUGCCAAACUAGCCAUGAACGAUUUAUUAAUGUAUUUUGAGAGAGCAGAAAAAGUUCAGAUAAAUGUUAAUGAAGAAGAUGAAUAUGCUCCCUGGAGAGAAUAUAAAUUUUGGCAUUCAUUUUUAAAUAGACCACUUACAAAUCCUAAAGAAUGGAGGGGAAUGUAUAGUAAACUUUGCAUUGAUACAACAAUUGCCAGGGCUACACCAAUUUAUUUAAAUUCAAAAGUUUCUAUAAAUAAUAGUAUAGAAAUUAUGCCAACACCAUCAGGAUUUCAAAUAGGUUCUUGUAAUUGGUUAAUUUAUAAUGGAGUAGAAAAAAUAUCUUAUAUAACAAAUUCAAGUGUAAUAAGAACACACAAUAAAUGUAUGGAUUUAAAAGCUCAUGCUAAAUCUGAUAUAUUGUUACUCAAUUCUGUCAAUCCAAAUCCUAUGUAUAACUUUAAUAUCAAUGUAUCAACAAUCAAAAGUAUUGUAUUUCAAACAUUGAUGGAUUUAGAACUUAUUAUAAAUGUGUCACAAGUUUUGAGGCAUUCUACAAACUUUAGAGAUAUCUCAAUAUUUUAUGUCGCUCCAAAUGCAAGAACAACAAUAGCAUAUGCUUCAAGAUUUCCUGAAUAUUUAAUAAGUUUUAGAAAAAAUAAAUGUUCAAAUCCAGAGGAUCCAUUUGAAUUUGAUGAUUUAAUUAAAAAUAAUCGUUUGAAAAUUUAUGAUAGUUUUACAGAUGUUUUAGCAAGUGAAUUUCGUUCUCCUUCAAUAGUUAUUACUGGACAUCCUUCUCUUCGUAUGGGUGAUGUGAUUCAUUUCAUGUAUAUGCUUGGUAAAGAUCCUAGAAACAGUAUAGUUCAGGUGGAUCCUGACUAUCCAUUUGAAAAUUUAUGUGGACCAUUUCAAAAGUUUUCUAUAAAAUGUUUUACCUGCCCUUUGGAUUAUACAUUAAAUGAAACAUUUGUCUCAUCAAAUUUGCUAAAUUUAAUUAAUCCUAAACAAAUCUUUUUAUCCGAUAUAUAUAAGCCAGAUUUAAAUUCAGGAUAUGUUACAAUAAGAGAUCCAAGAGUUAGAUUUUUUAGAUAUGGAGAUGUCAUUAAUACUAAAUGUAACAAAAAAUUUAAAGAUGUUUUGUUUUCAGAAACAAUGAUUACUGUUAUUAAUAUGGAGUCAGAUGUAAAAACUAAUAAUUUAUAUUCUGUUAAAGGUUUUUUGAAUGCAACUGACAAUAAAUUUAUUGCAACAAGUGAAGAUUCAAGAAGAAAUUUCAAACCAUUAACUAAAGUACCUUUAUAUGGAUCAGUAGAUAUUAGUCAAUUUACUAAAGAUUUAAAAAAUGAUAAAAUAGAGUUUGAGGUUCAAGGAUCUGGUAGAAGUAACUCAGUAACAACAAUUAUUAUUUCAAAACCUAAAAAUGCUACUGUAAGAGUUAAUAACAGAAUUAAUAAAACUAGAAUUAUUUGUGAUGAUAUGACAUUAAGAGAUAAGUUGAUUAAAUUAUUAUCAAAAACUCUUGUUUGUUUUUAA